CCGCGUCCACAAAACGCGUGGAUCCUUUAUCGCGCCUGGGCGCUCAGUGGUCUCCUUGAGAGGCAGCCUGAGCUCAAGGGGACUCCUCAAUCACAGCUCUCAAAGAUACUCGGUACUCAGUGGGCCAACGAAAGUCCAGAAGUCCGCAAGCAUUUCGAGCAUCAGGCAAACCUGAAUAAGGAACGGCACGCGCAGGAGUUCCCGGAUUAUGUUUUCAAGCCA